UAGAAGCCUUUAAAUAUCAUUCCAAAACCCUCAUCUUCGUUUCAGAUCUGUUCACACAGUCCUGAAACUCAAAAUGGUCAGGUCCUCUCCCCUAAAGCGCGCCAAUCCUUACCUUAGAAAGCACAGAAAAUGGCCAUUGUCACCCUACAAAGCCAAAUGGCACCAAACUUUCAAUCAACAACAAGCCAUGCAAAAUCUUAAGCAGUCUUUAACAAUGCCACCAGCAAUACAACAACAACAACAACAAAAAUCAAACCGACCAUAUAUCCUCUCUUCUCUUAUACACUCCUUUGACAUCUAUAAUUGUGAACCAACCCCGGAAGCCUACCACUUUAUCAUCAAAACCCUAGCAGAAACCUCACAAUUUUGUCAACUUCUCUCUGUUCUUGACUACCUUGAACGGAAUGAAAAAUUCGAAACACCAGAGUAUAUUCUUGCUGAUCUUAUUAAACUUUAUGCAGAUGCUAAUAAAAUUCAUGAUUCUAUUAAUCUGUUUUAUAGGAUUUCCAAGUUCAGGUGUGUCCCUUCUGUGUACUCACUCAAUACUCUGCUUUCUGUUCUUUGUAGAAAUAAAGAACGUAUUAAAAUGGUCCCUCAAAUCUUGUUAAAGAGUCAACUUAUGAAUAUUAGAAUAGAAGAAUCAUGUUUUCGGUUAUUGAUACGUGCUCUUUGUAGAAUAAAUAGAGUUGGUUAUGCAAUUGAGAUGUUAAAUGGAAUGAUAAAUGAUGGAUUUAGUGUUGAUUCAAGAACUUUCUCUUUAGUAUUGGCAUCAGUUUGUGAAGAAAAAGAUUUGUCAAGUGUUCAGGUUUUAGGCUUUCUUGAAGGAAUUAGAAAGUUAGGGUUUUGUCCUGGUAUGGUUGAUUAUACUAAUGUGAUUAGGUGUUUGGUGAAGAAAGAAAAGGGUUUGGAGGCUUUGAAUGUUUUGAAUAAGAUGAAAUUAGAUGGUAUUAAACCUGAUAUUGUUUGUUAUGGUAUGGUUAUGAGUGGGGUUGUUGCAGAUGAAGAUUAUGUGAAAGCAGAGAAGCUGUUUGAUGAAUUGCUUGUGUUGGGUUUGGUUCCUAAUGUUCAUACCUACAAUGUGUAUAUAAAUUGUUUAUGUAAGAAAAAUAAUGUUGAAGCCGGAAUCAAGAUGAUUGCUUGUAUGGAGGAGUUGGGAUGCAAGCCUAAUGUGAUUACUUAUUAUACGUUACUGAGGGAGUUGUGUAAGGUUGGGGAGCUGGGGAGGUCAAAGGAGCUUAUGAGGGAGAUGGGAUUGGAAGGCAUUGCAAUGAAUUUGCAGACGUAUACUAUUAUGAUUAAUGGUUUGGUCAGUAAAGGUGAAGUUAUUGAAGCUUGCUAUUUGUUGGAGGAAGUAUUGGAUAAAGAUUUUUGCCCGCCAAGUUUGAUGUUUGAUAAGGCAAUUUGUGGGUUGUGCCAUAGAGGUCUGGUUUGUAGAGCCCUUGAAUUGCUUAAAAAAAUGGGUGAGAAGAAUGUAUCUCCAGGGGCUAGAGUUUGGAAAGCUCUUCUUCUUAGCUCCGGGUCCAAACUUGAUUUUUCAAAUACCUCUCUGACUGGUUUGGUGGAUAACUUGAAGAAUGAUAUUUGAUCAGUAACUGAGUUACUGUCGGUGGUGGGCGAUAUCUGUUGUUAUUAAUGUGUAUGUCUUUCUCUUUUCCCCGUAAAACUAACUAAUAAAUAGCUGAAGAUCUAGUUGGUUGGCUUAUCACUGCUUCCAUGUGCAAGUGUCUCUUCGGAGUCCCUUUGAGUUGAAGUAAAAGGACAUCCUCGUCGAUUAAGCACUAAAAGGUCUUUUGCUUGAAUUACACUCUGUGGAAAUACUGAAGAUUCAUUUCCUCCUGAUUUCAGCCUCUGUAUCAAGCAUGCCAUUUCUAGCUACAUAGCAUUUGCUUGUAAAGGUGAUCAAGCUGAUUCCCUCUUCCCCGGUAUCGACAUCAUGGUGUACAAUAAUCUGAUGACAUGUUUGUUUGUAUUGAAAAUAUUCACGUGCAGCCCUUUGGCUUUUCUAAUUUGACUUCAUUUGAUUCGUUUCUGUUGUUAUGUCAUUUUCUUUAGAGAGAUUGUACAAAGACUUACAGUAAAAGAUAUUUGAGAGUUGUGUAACGUUAUCCAAACUUUUAAGUCUGUGGUUCUAAUGAC